AAAUCUUAAAUGAAAAAUACGAUAAUACGAGCAGAAAUCUCAUAAACACUUGCUCUGAAGAUAAUACAGGAGUAUUAAUAAUCUUCAGUGGCUGAAUGUUUGAAGUCUAUAUUUACACAUCAACGCGCAAUCUGUUUGUUAGGCGCGUCAUGCAACCCUUGAGGUAAUAUUGCUUCAAGUGCGGACAGACUUAUCAGCCAUCUCGGAAAUUGGUUGCCAAUAUACGUGGAAUGGUUUUUGUUUGUCUGGAUGACCGAUUAAAAUUUUCGUUUGGAAAAACGCUAUCUCCUUUUCAUUCAGCGUGGAGGAUGCGCUGUAGAUACGAACUCUCUGGCGGUUGUGUAUAAUAGCUUUAGCGAGCGUAUUGAGAAUCUUACAGCGUGCUGCGACGGACCACUGAUUAACCUAGAUCCUAGUAACAAUUUAUGCGAAACGUUGCAAAAUAAAGUCCCUGUACCGACACAACAGCUCGGAAAGUUGCGUUAUUGCAACCACAUUCAUUUGGGAGCGUUAUAUUGUUUUACCAACAUAUUGCUGGGAACUUUUUGGCGUUUGAACAACAUAUCGCUGGGGACGUUUAUGUGUUUAACCAAGAUAUCGCUGGAACUUAACGGUGUUUGACCAAUAUUGCGCUGGGAGCGUUACAUUGUUUGACCAACAUAUCGCUGGGACUUUACUGUGUUUGACCAACAUUUCGAUGGGAACGUAAUGGUGCUUGACCAAUAUUUAGCAGGGAAAGUUACGCAAACGUUAUACCAGCUACUAAUGUUAGUCGAUCAGAUGGCGCUCUAGACAAACACAGGACCUGUUCACGUCCGGUUAUGCUUGGCCGAUAUUGGUUCCUCGUGGUGCAUCCUACGGACGGUUACCGGAAAGUUAAAUUUUAAUUUGUGGUGUGACGACGCAGUGAUUGUUAAGCCGGUGUUUAACGGAUUUCAUUUUUGUAUCAUUUACAACAAUUAUGAACUUUAAACACGUAAGUGGAUAUUAGAUAAUUAUAGUAUUUAAAAUAAUCUGCGUGCACCGAUUGCCGACGCCGGGGUAGGGUACCGAGCAAUUUGCCCGGUGAAGAUUGCAAGAGAUUGGCACAGGAUUAACACACCUAGCUCAAUCGGCGACGUUUUCGGUCAAUGGGCAGGAUUAAUUUACUGACGUACAUGAACGCAAUAGCCGCCCUCGAGGUCUUGAUGUUGCACAGCAUGAAAAUUGACGAUCUUGAAUAAAGUUUUACACCUUUAAAAUAAAUCACCACGAGUCGAAUUGUAGAUGUGACAAGAGUAAGCACAUGCGAUUUUGUGAGUGAGUGGGGAAACAUUCAACGGGAUUUUGAUUUGUAUUAGUGUUAGUAUCGGCAGCAGAAAACAUGAUUCGUCAUCCCUUCAAAGCUGCGGAUUACGUCGUGUUUGCCAUGACGGUGCUAUCAUCCGUCUCUAUCGGUGUCUAUUUCGCCAUCGUUGGCAGAAAGAAGCAGACGACACUUAAUUUCUUCCUUGGCGACCGGAAGUUGCGGUAUGGACCGGUAGCUCUCUCGCUCGUUGUAACUUUUCAAUCAUCCGUCAUGCUGUUGGGAUUUCCGGCAGAUGUGUACAUGUUCGGCUUUAUGAUAGUGUUGUUCUCGGUGGGUCAGUGUGCCGCUAUCUACCUAUCCACGUGUAUCAUCGUCCCGCUCAUGUACCCUCUGAAGGUCACCAGCGUCUACCAUUACCUGCAGCUCCGCUACAACAGCAACAGCGUCCGGCUGCUCACCGUUUCCAUAGGUAUCGUCUCGCAGGCAAUCUACAUGGGCAGCGUUCUGUUUGGACCAGCCAUCGCUUUACAGUCGGUCACGAACGUCCCGGUGUGGGCCUCCAUAUUGUGUAUCGCCGUCGCUGCCAUCGUUUACACGUCCAUCGGCGGGAUCCUCGCCGUCAUAUGGACGGACGUUUUACAAUGUAUCAUCAUUAACUUCGGUAUAAUUGCUACGCUAAUCAAAGGUACAAUUGACGCCGGGGGUGUCGCAAAUGUCUUUCGCGAAAACUAUAAUUCUCGACGUUUGGAUAUAUUUGAUUUUAACCCUGACCCGACGGUUCGACACACGUUCUGGACCAUUAUUAUCGGCUCGUUUAUAGGGUCGUUUUCUCUGACUCUCAAUCAGUCCACCAUUCAAAGGUUUAACUCGACGCCUUCUAUCGAGGACGCCAAGAAGGUCCUGUACAUUGCCGGCCCAGUGUUCGUCACAAUGCAGUCUAUGUCAAUGGCUGUGGGUCUGAUAUGCUUCGCAUAUUACUCUGUUAUUGGGUGCGAUCCUAUCAGGAGCCGCAAUAUCGACAACAUGAACCAGAUCGUCCCUUUCAUGGUUGCGGACAUAUUCCGGCUGUACCCGGGACUGUCCGGGCUGUUCAUAUCCGCCAUGUUCAGCGCAUCACUGAGUACGUUGUCGUCACUUCUCGCCGGCCUGUCGGCUAUCACCGUCGAGGACCUCAUUCGGCCAUACUUCAAGGCGUCCGACCAAGUGCUCACCGUCUAUGCCAAGGUCGCCGUGGUCGCGUACGGUGGGCUAGGUAUCUGUGUUGCGUUCAUCAUCAGCAAUCUGGAGGGGUCCCUUACACAGAUUCUUUUUGGAAUUAUGGGUGCCGCCACAGGGCCGUCUGUGGGUAUCUUCUUCCUGUCUAUGUUCUACCGAAAGGCUACGGACAAGGGAGCGCUCGUGGGCGGCGUGAUAGGGCUGGUCAUAUCGUUCUGGAUCUGCAUCGGGGCUGCGGUAACUCCCAACUUGCCGAGACCCACACCGCUUCCUCUACCGACCACAAACAUGUGCGUGGCUCACAACGCCCAGUCAAUGUACAUCAGCAACCAUACAAAUAUAUCAACGUCUCUACAUGUACCGGUACUUACAUCCACUACGGCAUAUUCCAGACACGCAUUUGAAGACUUAUCAAACGGCAGUUUCGUUUCUUCUACGGUGUCACAAACGGUACCGGCGAAAACUGGAGGCGUCAGCGGUAUUGACGUCAUUUACACGCUUUCGUACGCGCUAUACGCUUCGGUGGGGACUUUGGUGACGCUCCUAGUGGGGAUCCCGGUGAGUCUAUUAACGUACCGGGAGGAGCGUGACCGGGCGGACCCCCGAUACCUCAUGUCCCUUUAUGACCACCUCUGCUGCUGCUUGCCGGGACGCAAGGCACGACAACCGACGACUGUGAGCGCGGACAACGGAGAGGACUUAAAGGAAACAGAGUGUUGUAAACAUUUACUAGCUGAAAAAGAAAAACAGACUGAAAAGUAGUCGUUGCCUAGCUUUAAAAAGGAAUCGACGAAGAAUAAAUGCGCACAUUCAUGUUACAUGUGCACAUAUUCUUUCAUUAAAUCGCCAAACUUGUUGAACACGUAUUUGUGUUUUAUACACGUGUUUACUUUCUAUCACUGACGUACACGGGCAUCUGGGUUUCGGUUCACCGCAGAAGGAAGUAAAUCAAAAUGUGUAUGUAUAAUGUAUAUUUCAACGAUAAACGUGUGUGUCCUUAUGGACCCUAAAUUCACCGGGCAAUGUUUCGUGUGUAUCUUAGCAAUUUUAUAUAAUUGAAUUAUUACUAGAAGAAUAUCGGACGGUAUUUUGUACGAACUGAAAAAGAUUUUGAUGGUGAGAUCGUAUAACGGUUGAGGAGCCGCCAAACUGGUAUUUCAAUAUAUGACCACUAGACGUCCACGAGUGACGAGAUCUGUUGUUGUUAUUUAUUUGAUAAUGAGAAAAGACGGAUGUCAACAAAUGUGUUGUCCGGACAGUAUUACUCGUUUCAUUUCAUGUCAUCGGAAAACAAAGGCUACCUUUCAAAUGUACUCCGCGCGCAGCUAAUGUUGUUGGUACCAAGCCCGGUUUUCCCAGACCGAUGAUCUUAUAGUCAUUUUAAGACAUAUAAGUCUAGUUUUAAAUAAUUAAAGGGACCUUUUCACGUUUUAGUAAAUUGACAAAAAUAAAAAACAUUGUUUCAGAUUCGCACAUUUUUGUUAUGAUUUCUAUAAGGAAACAGUAAUACUGAACAUUUACCAUGCUCUAAAAUAUCCAUUAUAGGCAUCUUUUGAGAUUUAAAAACUUGAAAAUUAUAAAGCGGUGCAACGCGAAACUAUUGAAUAAUUUGGAUAGUUCUGUUGUUUUGUUAUAUUUUGUGACACCGCGAGGAUUGCUUAUAUAAAGUAUAAAAUACAUCAUUCAUUGUACGAGCACGGAUGGCCGAGUGGUCUUAAAGUUAUAGUUUUACACUUAAAAAAACAAAUUACCCUCAAAUGGGCUCAAACCACUGACCCCUGGACUAACACUUUAUCACUUAGACCACUCGGCCAUCCGUGCUCAUACAACAAGUGAUGGAUUUUAUACUGUAUACUAGUAUUAGCUAUCCUAGUGGUAUCACACAAUAUAACGAAAACAACAGAACCUUUCCAAAUUAUGCAAUCGUUUCGCGUUGCAAUGCUUUAUAAUUUUCAAGUUUUUUAAAUCGUCAAAAGAUUCAUAUAGUGGAUAUUUUAGAGCAUGGUAAAUGUUCAGUAUUACUGUUUCCUCACAAAUAUCAUAACAUUAAACGAAAAUUUGCGAAUCUGAAACAUUUUUUAUAAAUUUUGUCAAUCUACCAAAACGUGAAAAGGCCCCUUUAAUAGGUUGGUCUGCAUUCUGCAUGGCCGAGCAGGGAUUUAGCUUUGCAAGGAUUUAUUUGAGAUUCAUGAAUUAACGUGUUCUGUUUUUAAUUCAAUCAACUUUUAAACAUACUAUAUGUAAAGAACACAUGAAUGAAUGAAAACAUCUCUGUGUCUCUGUGAAUGAACGAUCAAAUGAAUGAAUGAUCAAUUAAUCAUUAAAUCGCAAAUGCUGAAAUUUAACUUCUUCCUUUAUAAAACUAACGAAUCAAAGCUCAAAUGUUACAAGCAUGCUAAUUUAUAAAUAUUUGACUUAAUGACUUAACGAUGAUGUAGUGGUCUGUCAUGUACCGGUACGCCCAACAUAUUUAUUCGGUAUAUCCAUAUGCUCGUAUAAGAGAAAAGCGUGUGGCUAUGAUAUUAAUCAGUAAAAACAUCAUUUUGAACAAAAAAUAAUCAAAGUAUAACGAAAAAUAAACAUCUCUGAAAAAAAUCACUAUUAAAUAUAGUGAAUGGAGGAGUGGUAAGGGUUCUUACAAUAAGGACAACGACUUCCUACCUUCACCGGGCUAAUCCGUUAAACCGUUAAUCUGUUCCAUUCAUAAACUUUAUGGGAAUCAUGUGCGUCAUAGUGAUUGCCGGUAGUGUUCAAGGCUUUUGUGUUUACCAUGAGCAAAUGUGCGCUUUGCAUCAAUUUUAAGGUGCGUUAUAAUACAUACAUGUCAUCUUUUGAGGUUUAAAAACUUGAAAAUUAUAAAGCGGUGCAACGCGAAACUAUUGAAUAAUUUGGAUAGUUCUGUUGUUUUGUUAUAUUUUGUGACACCGCGAGGAUUGCUUAUAUAAAGUAUAAAAUACAUCAGUCAUUGUACGAGCACGGAUGGCCGAGUGGUCUUAACGUUAUAGUUUCACUCCAUGGGUCAGUGGUUCGAGCCCAGUUUAGGGUUACUAUUUUUCUUUCUGUAGUUUUAUUAUUAUUAUUUUUUUUAAUGGAGCUUUUUAGAUCCAAUGCUUACAAUUAUCAAUAUAAAGCAUUAAUGAAAAACUUCAAUAAAUGCCAACAUCUUUGAAAAGGUCCCUUUAAGGACGAAUUUCGGUUUUAUGUGUUAUAUUGAUUUUUAUAACGUUGUAAAAAUAGUGUAGAGUAAAUACACGUUUUUUGUUGUACUAUAACAUGUUUUGAAAAGGAUUAUGUGACAGUGUGUAUAUUAAUGAACAUGACACUUUCAGUCCAAUCUAUCAAACGCAAUAAUAUGAGUGACCUUGUUGUAACUUGAGCAUUGUUUCCCUAACUGUUACAUAGCAAUAUAGGAAUAUUUCUAUGGUAUACAUAAUAACGAAAAAAAAGGACCACGAAGAAUCAUUAACACCGAACUCAGUCGAUGGCAUUCCCAAAUUUUCAUCCUGAAAAAAUGCGUAGUAUAAGACAUGUGCCAAGAAAUAUCAGUUUGUCAUUGUGUUGUCUUACAACUAUACGAAAUAACAUAGGAUACUAAUAAAAUUGUAUGCGUUUACCUUUUUGAAUUUAGACAUUAUUAAAACAAUACACAAUUGUUUAAGACAUCAACUAAUACUUACCCUCAAAAUUAUUAAAACGGCCAUCAAUAUUGUUUUAAAAACUAGAUUUUUGUUUACGUUACAAAUAACUAUGACUUAUGCCCAAACGGGCCUAAAUUUUCACUCCAUGUGCAUCCGUUAACCAAACAUGCAGCACGUCAACCAAACUGAAGUUAGGUAGUAGGCUCAUAUUCCGAUUAUUUCAUGCAAUUACUAUGGUUAUAUUUGUACCAUUACGGUACACAUGUAUAAUAUGAUAUCUGACACUAUUAUAUAUAAGUAUAGGAAAUACGCACAUGUUUUUGUAAUAAAAAAUGUCUAUGUGUAAUAAAUCAUUUUCGAAAAA